AUGCAGAGCAUAGGAAGUACAAUUGGUGAUGAUCAAAAUGGAGAAAAAGUGAGAUGCCCCUCAUCCUUAGUGGAGAAUUUAAAAAAAAUGCCUAAGGAAGUGAAGAAUGAAGUGAUAAAUGAACGGAACAUGAUGCCGGAAAUUCCCAACUACUCCCUGAGCGAAGAAUCCGAGUGCCCCCUGAAGAGGAACAGAGAUGUUUCUUCCAUCCCCAAGAACACCAAAGAGAAUUGGCUCUACCCCUCUCCACAGCAAUUUUAUAAUUCCUUAAUUAGGAAGAAUAAACACAUUGAUAAAAAUUACAUUGACGCUGUGGUGACUGUGCACAACGAAGUUAAUGAAGAAUCCUGGAGGCACAUCUUAAAAUAUGAGUACCUGCACAGGAGCAAAUGCAGCGAAGUCACUCUGCAGCGAUUUCUUGGGAAGUUUGACGACCUCUCCGUCAAGGCCAAAUUCAGGAGCAUUUUCUCCAGGUUAGGUAGACCAUUCGAUAGACACGACUGGUAUGUGAAUAGGUGCGGUAAAGAGGUGAAGUACAUUUUGGAUUAUUACAACGAUGAAUCUAUGCAGGAUGACAAGAAUAUAUACAUUGACGUCAGGCCUGCCAUGAACAGCUUCUCAAACAUCUGGGACCGAAUACGUUACCCAUUUUAUGAAUUUUACUUUAAGCAUAUCAAGCGGUACGAGUUGUUUAGGUGA